AUGUUAACGACAACAAGAGCUGACGAUAACAUAGCAGACCAUAGCAGAGCAGACCGUAACAGAGCAGACAAUAACAAAGCUGACGGUAACAGAGUUGACGGUAACAGAGCUGACGACUACAGAGCUGACGACUACAGAGCUGACGACUACAGAGCUGACGACUACAGAGCUGACGACUACAGAGUUGACGACUACAGAGCUGACAGCGACAGAGCUGAUGGUAACAGAGCUGACGGUAUCAAAGCUGACGAUAACAGAGCUGACAGUAACAGAGCUGACGGUAACAGAGCUGACAGUAACAGAGCUGACAGUAACAGAGCUGACGGUAACAGAGCUGACGGUAACAGAGCUGACGGUAACAGAGCUGACGGUAACAGAGCUGACGGUAACAGAGCUGACGGUAACAGAGCUGACGGUAACAGAGCUGACGGUAACAGCGCUGACGGUAACAGAGCUGACGGUAACAGAGCUGACGGUAACAGCGCUGACGGUAACAGCGCUGACGGUAACAGCGCUGACGGUAACAGCGCUGACGGUAACAGAGCUGACGGCAACAGAGCUGACGACUACAGAGCUGACCGUAACAGAGCUGACGACUACAGAGCUGACGACUACAGAGCUGACGACUACAGAGCUGACGACUACAAAGCUGACGACUACAGAGCUGACGACUACAGAGCUGACGACUACAAAGCUGACGACUACAAAGCUGACGACUACAAAGCUGACGACUACAGAGCUGACGACUACAAAGCUGACGACUACAGAGCUGACGGCGACAGAGCUGACGGCGACAGAGCUGACGGCGACAGAGUUGACGACUACAGAGCUGACAGCGACAGAGCUGACGUUGACGACUACAGAGCUGACAGCGACAGAGCUGAUGGUAACAGAGCUGACGGUAACAGAGCUGACGGUAACAGAGCUGACGACUACAGAGCUGACGACUACAGAGUUGACGACUACAGAGCUGACAGCGACAGAGCUGAUGGUAACAGAGCUGACGGUAUCAAAGCUGACGAUAACAGAGCUGACGGUAACAAAGCUGACGGUAACAGAGCUGAUGGUAACAGAGCUGACAGUAACAGAGCUGACAGUAACAGAGCUGACAGUAACAGAGCUGACCGUAACAGAGCUGACCGUAACAGAGCUGACCGUAACAGAGCUGACCGUAACAGAGCUGACGGUAACAGAGCUGACGGUAACAGAGCUGACGGUAACAGCGCUGACGGUAACAGCGCUGACGGUAACAGAGCUGACGGUAACAGAGCUGACGGUAACAGCGCUGACGGUAACAGCGCUGACGGUAACAGCGCUGACGGUAACAGAGCUGACGGUAACAAAGCUGACGGUAACAGAGCUGAUGGUAACAGAGCUGACGACUACAGAGCUGACGACUACAAAGCUGACGACUACAAAGCUGACGACUACAAAGCUGACGACUACAGAGCUGACGGUAACAGAGCUGACGGUAACAGAGCUGACGGUAACAGAGCUGACGGUAACAGCGCUGACGGUAACAGCGCUGACGGUAACAGAGCUGACGGUAACAGAGCUGACGGUAACAGCGCUGACGGUAACAGCGCUGACGGUAACAGCGCUGACGGUAACAGAGCUGACGGUAACAGAGCUGACGGCAACAGAGCUGACGGUAACAGAGCUGACGGUAACAGCGCUGACGGUAACAGCGCUGACGGUAACAGAGCUGACGGUAACAGAGCUGACGGUAACAGCGCUGACGGUAACAGCGCUGACGGUAACAGCGCUGACGGUAACAGAGCUGACGGUAACAGAGCUGACGGCAACAGAGCUGACGACUACAGAGCUGACCGUAACAGAGCUGACGACUACAGAGCUGACGACUACAAAGCUGACGACUACAGAGCUGACGGCGACAGAGCUGACGGCGACAGAGCUGACGGCGACAGAGUUGACGACUACAGAGCUGACAGCGACAGAGCUGAUGGUAACAGAGCUGACGGUAACAGAGCUGACGGUAACAGAGCUGACGACUACAGAGCUGACGACUACAGAGUUGACGUCUACAGAGCUGACAGCGACAGAGCUGAUGGUAACAGAGCUGACGGUAACAGAGCUGACGACUACAGAGCUGACGACUACAGAGUUGACGACUACAGAGCUGACAGCGACAGAGCUGAUGGUAACAGAGCUGACGGUAUCAAAGCUGACGAUAACAGAGCUGACGGUAACAAAGCUGACGGUAACAGAGCUGACGACUACAGAGCAGACGACUACAGAGCAGACGACUACAGAGCAGACGACUACAGAGCAGACGACUACAGAGCUGACGACUACAGAGCUGACGGCGACAGAGCUGACGACUACAGAGCUGACGGCGACAGAGCUGACGGUAACAAAGCUGACGAUAACAGAGCUGACAGUAAGAGAGCUGACGACAACAGAGCCCACGGUAACAAAGUCCAUGGUAACAGAGCUGACGGUAACAGAGCCGACGGUAACAGAGCUUAUGACGACAGAGCUGACGACAACAGAGCCCACGACAACAGAGCCCACGACAACAGAGCCCACGACAACAGAGCCCACGACAACAGAGCCCACGACAACAGAGCCCACGACAACAGAGCCCACGACAACAGAGCCCACGGUAACAGAGCCCACGGUAACAGAGCCCACGGUAACAGAGCCCACGGUAACAGAACUGACGACAAAAGAGCUGACGGCGACAGAGCCGGUGACAAAAGAGUGGACGACAACAGAGCUGACACUUACCAAGUUGACGACAACAGACAUGACAAUAACAGAGAUAAUGGUAACAGAUUCGAUGACAACACAACUGGCGACAACAAAGAUGACCACAACAAAAGAGAUGGCAGUGGUGUAACAGAUCACAAAUCUUACAGUUCGCAUCACAUUAUGUUUUUUUAG